AUGUCCACAAACACUUCAGCCACUACGGAAGACGAAAAAAGUUCUUCCUCGGAUCAAGAGGAAACAAGAAACACGAAUAUUUGGUAUUUUAAUUUUGAAGAUCUUCCAUUCGAAAUAAGAGUUCACAUUUUAAUGUAUUUAUCUGAUAGAGUCUUGUCAAAGUUUGGAACCGUUAGCAAGUUUUAUCAUUCUUUAAUUUUGGGAAACGAUAAUGAGGAUGAGUUUGCUGGAUAUAGAAAUACGAUUUGGAAGGAAAUAUUGUUACAUUUGUUUAAUCGUUGGAUUGAUGAAAUUAAUUCAAGUACUUUUAGUAAUGGAAUUGAUUCAAUUGAAUUGGAAAAAUUGACAACAAAUUCUUUAGAUUCGUAUAUUAAGAGAAAUUUUAUAAUGAAGGAGCGUUUUGGAUAUAGACAUUUGCUUUCAUAUUUAAAAUCUAUUAAAUACAAAACUCAGAAUGAUGCAAAAAGAAUUAAAUCAGAUACAGGUGUUAUGAUCAACAAACGAACUGUUAGGAAUAAUAAUGUGAAGGAAUGGAAUUGCUUUCUUUGUAAAAAUUAUUACUUGACAAAAACGAUUGACGACAAGUCAAACAUUCCAAUUACAUUGAAGGGAUAUGAAAUUAUCAUUCAGGAAUAUUAUCUGUGCGCAAAUACUUGGAGAUUAGUUUAUGGGGUUGGAACAGAUUUUGAGAAUUUCAAUAGUGACACAAGCUCCACUCAAUUUUUGUCAGAUAAUCAUGGAGUUGGACUAGUAAUAGAACAUCAAUAUGUAAAAUCAAAAGGCUCACUAAAAUCCGAUACUGCACAAUUAAUGGAUCUAGGACCAAUCAACGUAGGUGAUAGAUAUGCACUCACACUUGAUUUUAACAACUUGUCCAUUAACUUUUUCAAGAAUGGUUUGCAUUUCAUGACUUUUAAAUCAGCUCUUGACCCAAACAUUAUCUAUAAUCCAAUAAUUGCUCUGUGUCCAAAGAAAACAGUAACCUUAUACCCUCUAUUCACUGACUAUCCACUCAAUCCUAAUGCUCCAGUCAGAUGA